GCAGGAUAUUACAUAGGGCCGCUUUUUGUAAAUUAAGAUGGCGACAAUUGUUGAAAAAGAUGUGGCGGCAGUAGGAGGAUUUGAAUGCAACUCGGAACAAGGAGGAGAAAAUCGCAGUGGUGACACAGCUGAACUAAUUUCAACAAGUGUUCUAGAUACAGAGUCUUCAAAUGAAAAAGAGACAAUGGAAGUGACUGCUGAAGGAGGGGAUGGCCUGGAUACUCAACUUGGUUCUGUAGAUGAAGAGAGUGGUCGUCAACUUGGGGAGAUUGAGCUGCAGUGUGGUAUCUGUACAAAGUGGUUUGGAGCGGACACCUUUGGAAUAGAUACCACGUAUGUUAACACUUUACUUUUUUUUUAUUUAUUUUUUAGAGCUUUAAGGAGACAAAGUACCACACAUGAUGAUAACAAUACAGGAAUCAUUGUUGACCCCGCCACCAAUGCCAGUAUAGAGAGUCUGUUUACUAAGUUGGAAGACUUACUCAAAAAUGAGAAUAGGCACUGGUGGGAUCUAGACUGUUUAAAGAAAUAUAAAGAAAAGAGGGGUUUGCAUGUUUUUAAGAAUUGCUCUUUUAAGAACAACCCAGAUUUGCUUACCAAGUGGUAUGAUAUUUUGGAUGAGUGUUCCUUCAAACUUAUUGACCUACUCAUCUCCCAUAGACAGCUAUUGGUAGAUGAGGUAGGGGUAGAAAUAGACAACAUUCAGAAAGAACUAGAAGGGUUCAAAGAACAUCCUGAAUACCAUAAACUUAACACUCAAACGAUUAAAUCAGUAGAUGAAUACCAGACAGAAAUCAUAACUAAUAAGAACAAUAAAAUUAAAAGAGAUGAAGAAGACUAUAGUAAAGGGGAAGUUUACACUUACAAUAGAAAUAAACCCAGUAAAGUCAAUGAUUGGACCGUGGUUCAACGUCACAAAAACAAAAAUAACCACAAUCAUCAGUCCCAUUAUAACUCCAAUCGGAACAAUAAACACAAUCAAAAGAACCCAUUCAGUUACCCACGUGAGAACCAUCAUGGGGAUUACAAUGGUAACCGUAACACUGAUUCCCAGCAAUACAAUGAGGUCCCGGGUGCUAACCGGAAUACAGAACCUCACUAUAAUAGAUUAACCUAUGCAGAUAGGGAUUAUAGAGGUACACCACAAUAUCAGGAAUACCACAACCCUAAUUAUAUUCCCAUCAAUAAUAGAUUCCAAGCCCUCAGUUCCGGGCAGGAUGAGGUAUUUGACCACUUGAGAGAAGUAAGACCCUCCACAUCAAAGGCCACUACCAUUCCCCCCACUCCAUCUGGGCCUUUUUUAGAGAAUUCGAACCUCGCACCCUUAUGGAGGCGACCGAACCCUACCACAAAUCAAAAGAAAAGACCCCAUCCAAACGGGGAAGAUGAUGAGGUGAGAGUUCUGGGAAGAGGUCUUUCUUAUUGCCCUCCUAACCCGCAUAACAUUUUUGAACUUUUUGUGGAUUUAAAUAAAUAUACACGCAAAUUAUCAAUUCAGAGAUAUUUUGCAAUGAAGGCUUUGAGAAAACAAAACAUAGAGGGCUCACCUAUCCUAUUAAAUUCAGGUCAAAUGAGAAAUCCUUCUAUGGUUAUAUCAUAUGAUCCGAGCUCACUAAUGGAGGAACUUUUUGAAGGAGUAAUACAUACUUCAUUGGCUCCCCCCUCAUCCUUCUAUCCACCCAAGGAAGAAGUGUCUUAUAUAGACUUAUAUCAGCAACUAGUCUUAGAAGAUUUUGAAUCUAUGCCAAAAAGGAUUAUGGGUAAAAAGAGAACUUGGCCCAACGAAGCUAGAGCCCUUAAAAGUCUGAUGGAUGACCAAAACUUGGUCAUCCGCCAGGCUGAUAAGGGCGGUGGCAUAGUGCUGCAGAAUUAUUCUGACUAUGUAAAAGAAGCUUGUAGAAUUCUAGAGGAUACCAAUUAUUACACUAAACUAAAGUAUGAUCCCACCACAGAGUAUAUGAAAAUUCUUAACACCUUUUUGGAAAAAGGCCUUAAUUUACAGAUCCUCACCAAAAAAGAGAAAAGAUACCUAACCCCAGACCAUCCUAGCAUACCUUAUUACUACCACCUACCCAAAUUGCACAAGAACGAAAAAGAGCCUCCUGAUUUGAAAGAAAUGUGUCUUACUGCUCUUGCAAACUUAACGUGGCACUCUCGCAACCAGGAAGAACAUCCCAAGACCAUGUUCUCAAAAGACAAAGAUAUAAUUCCAUUUAUUGACAAAUACUGGGAGAGUUUAACCACGCGACAGAGACCUGGAAAAAUGACCUGGCCAAACAGUAUUGUUAAAACCAUGUCUCUGAAUUGUCUGCUCUUUCUUGUGAGAGAACACCCUGACCCAUCGCACCGCGGGACACAAGAGGAAACGCCAAGCUUCCUUGUUACGGACCAGGAUCUAGCCAACAUUGGUCCAGCCUAUGACAUUCUGAAGCAAAGUAGUGCUGUAUCCACUGGAGGAGGAUUAAACGGUUCUGCAGUAGUGAGUAGCACUACAAAAGGUAGAGGAGCAAAGCGUAAGCAGCAAGAUGGAGGAUCAACAAGUGCUGCGAAAAAAACAAGAAGUGACCCACUAUUUGCAGCACAACGCCUGCCUCCUCAUGGUUAUCCACUUGAGCACCCAUUCAACAAAGAUGGGUACAGAUAUAUCCUUGCAGAGCCGGAUCCACAUGCACCUGACCCUGAGAAACUAGAACUAGACUGCUGGGCAGGCAAACCAAUUCCUGGGGACCUUUAUAGAGCAUGCCUAUAUGAGAGAGUCCUCCUUGCGCUGCAUGACAGAGCACCUCAGUUAAAAAUAUCAGAUGACCGUCUUACUGUCUUGGGUGAGAAAGGGUAUUCCAUGGUAAGGGCAUCUCAUGGCGUGCGAAAGGGGUCCUGGUAUUUUGAAAUAUUCAUUGAUGAGUUGCCUCCAGAGACAGCUGCAAGACUUGGAUGGUCUCAAGCUCUAGGAAAUUUGCAGGCACCCUUAGGUUAUGACAAAUUCAGCUACUCCUGGCGUAGCAAAAAAGGAACAAAGUUUCAUCAGUCUAUAGGAAAACAUUAUUCUGAUGGUUAUGGCCAGGGAGACACAUUAGGAUUUUAUAUUAAUCUCCCAGAAGAAACAGAGACUGCUCAGUCACUGCCUGAUACCUAUAAAGACAAGGCUUUAAUCAAAUUCAAAAGUUACCUGUAUUUUGAAGAGAAAGACUUUGUAGACAAAGCAGAGAAAAACCUCAAACAAACUCCCGGUAGUGAGAUAAUUUUCUAUAAGAAUGGAAUCUGUCAAGGUGUGGCGUUUAAAGAUGUCUUUGAGGGGGUAUAUUACCCUGCUAUCUCCCUUUACAAAUGCUGUACUGUUUCGAUAAAUUUUGGACCCUACUUCAAAUACCCACCAAAAGAUGUGUCUUUUUGUCCUAUGAGUGAUAUGGCCUGGAACGCUGUAGUGGAACAUACAUUAGCAGAUGCCCUUUACCAUGUGGAGACUGAAGUUGAUGGUCGGAGAAGCCCCCCUUGGGAACCCUAAUAGUUAUUUAUUUUUAAAGCUGCAUAGAAGUGAUGAAAAUGUUCAUAUAUAUUUUCCAUUACUCUCUACAGUGAGCAAAUAUAAAAGUGUGUGAUUGAAAUGAGUACAUUAUUCUGUUUUGCAGAAACAUAAAUGCAACUUAAAGGGACACUGAACCCAAAUUUUUUUCUUUCAUGAUUCAGAUAGAGCAUGAAAUUUUAAGCAACUUUCUAAUUUACUUCUAUUAUCAAUGUUUCUUUGUUCCUUUGCUAUCUUUAUUUGAAAAAGAAGGCAUCUAAGCUAAGGAGCCAGCAAAUAUUUGGUUCAGACCAUGGACUACAGUUUUUUAUUGGUGCUGUCCAAUCAGCAAGGACAACCCAGGUUGUUCACCAAAAAUGGGCCGGCAUCUAAACUUACAUUCUUGAUUUUCAAAUAAACAUAGCAAGAGAAUGAAGAAAAUUUGAUAAUAGGAGUUAAUUAGAAAGUUGCUUAAAAUUGCAUGCUCUAUCUAAAUCACGAAAGAAAACAUUUGGGUUCAGUGUACCUUUAAGAGAUUUAGAAGUGUCUCUAAAUGGCCUUAGCAGAGAACAUACAAUUAGGCAUGCUUUUAGAAAAACAUGACAUUUACCAAUAUGAAGAUUAAUAAUAAAACGUUUUAUUUCUUCAAUAUUUUAACAACCAAAGUAAUUUCAAAAAGUACACCUCCAUAUUUUAAUUCUAAUCUUUGAUUUGAUUACAUGAUUAUAUCUAUUAUCUAUUUACGGUUUAAUGUUCCUUUAGUGAAACUGAUCACAGUGAUAUUUUUUUUUUUAAUACUAUAAAGCUACUUAGAUUGAUGCCCUUCUACAAGUGUGUCUUAACUUUCUGAUCCACAGAUUGGACGUAUUGCCUGGUAGCACUUUGUCACUCUUACUAAAUAUUUGGUCUAAGAAAAAUAUGGUGCCUGCUAGAAAAAUUACGCAUAUGCCAUUAUUUAAAGGGACAGUAACAUCAAAAUUAAAUUCACGAUUGAGAAUGCAUUUUUAAACAACUUUCCAAUUUACUUCCAUUUUUCUUCAUUUUAUUGUUACUUCUUAAAAAGCAUACCUAGGUAGGCUUAGGAGCAGUAAUGCCCUGCUGGGAGUUAGCUGUUUUUUGGCUGCACAUAUAUGCCUCUUGUCGUUGACUCAUCUGAUUUGUUGAGAUAGCUCCCAGUAUCCUAGUACAUAGCGUCUCCUUCAAAAACGAAUACCAUGAGAAUGAAGCAAAUCUGAUAGUAGAAGCAAACUUGUUAAAACAUUUAUUUACUUUAUCUGAAUCAUGAAAGAAAACUUUUGGGUUCCAUGUCCCUUUAGAUAUUUAAGUUGGCUGUGGAUCUUCUGAUAAUGCAAUUUUUAAAAUCUAGAUUUCUAAAUUUUCUUAAAGGAGCUUAAAAACACCAAAAUUUUCUUUCACUAGAAAGAUAGUGUAAAAUAAAAAAUAUGUAUAUAUACAAUUUAUUUAUAGCAUCAAUUUUACUUUUCUGUGUUGAAAAUCAGAUGGCAAGCUGUAGGUGUGUGCACGUGACUGGAGCAAUAAAUGGCAGCAGUUUUAUAACGGUUAUCCAUUUGCAAAAACAGUUGGUAGCAGCUUUGAAGAGAUAUCUCUAACAAAGUAUACCAUAAGAAUUAAGUAAUACAUAAAUAUGGAUAAAUAGAAGUAAAUAUGCUCUGUCUGAAUCACAAAAGAAACAUUUUGGGUUACACGUCCCUUUAAUAUGUAUUUUCAAACAUUAAAGUGACAGUAAAGUCAUAAUUAGACAAUCAUUAUUUAGGCAGAGCAUACUAUUUUAAACUACUUUUUAAUUUACUUCUAUUUUUUCAUUAGCUUCCUUCUCUUGUUAUCAUUUGCUGGAAGGUUUAUCUAGGUAAGCUCAGGAGCAACAAAGAACCUUGGUUCUAGCUGCUGAUUGGUGUCUGCAUAUAUAUAUAUAUAUAUAUAUAUAUAUAUAUAUAUAUAUAUAUAUAUAUAUAUAUAUAUAGCGAUUGUCAUUGGUUCACCCAUGUGUUCAUUGCUACUGCUUCAACAAAGCAUACCAAGAGAAUGAAGAAAAUUUGAUAAUAGAAGAAAAUUGGAAAGUUGUUUAAAAUUGAAUGUUCUACCUAAAUCAUGAAAGAUCAUUUUUGGGUUUCAUAUCCCUUUAAGGCAGAACACUUUUUUUCUGUUUAGUUUCAUUAUACAUAUCUUAUGCAUUAAUGGUAAACAUGUGCGUUUGUCCAUUUCAGGCUGAUUCUGAAUGCCAAAGAUGGUGUCCAGAAGCUGCAUUCGAUAAUUUUUGGAGCCUGAUUUAUUCUUGUGAAAGUGGUACACACUAAAAUCUGGAUUUGCACAGAUCUUAGUGGGCUGCCCUUUCACAAGAACAAAAAUAAAUAAAUGCCUAAUGUCUAUUAAAUAGUGACUUGCUAGCUUUUGUAACUAUUUCUAAUUGCAUGACCCCUGUGAAUGUCAGACUACAGUUUUACUGCCAAUUGUAUUUGUGGUACAUUACAUACAAAUAAUAAAAAUCAAAAUGUUUUCUAAGUAA